AUAAUGCCCGCUGCGCGCCCCCGAGACGGCAGCACGUUGUUUUCGCCUCUGCACGCUGCGAACCUUCUGCGGGGAUCGAACCAACGACGCUUCCUUUCCAGGGGGGGGGAGAACGAAACAAAACGAACCGACACACAGGUAGUCACCUCACAGACCUCUGCCCCGGAGAAACAUGUCGGCCUCGGCGGCGAAAGUGAGUAAAAAGGAGCUGAACUCGAACCACGACGCGGCGGACGAGACCUCCGAGAAAGAGCAGCAAGAAGCAAUUGAACACAUCGAUGAAGUUCAAAAUGAAAUUGACAGGUUGAACGAGCAAGCCAGUGAGGAGAUCCUCAAAGUAGAACAGAAAUACAACAAACUCCGUCAGCCAUUCUUUCAGAAGAGGUCAGAACUGAUCGCCAAAAUCCCCAACUUCUGGGUCACCACGUUUGUCAACCAUCCACAAGUAUCUGCCCUACUGGGAGAGGAAGAUGAAGAAGCACUUCAUUAUCUGAGCCGGGUGGAGGUGACAGAGUUCGAAGACAUCAAGUCAGGCUACAGAAUAGAUUUUUAUUUCGAUGAAAAUCCGUACUUCGAAAACAAACUACUUUCCAAAGAGUUCCAUUUGAACGAGAGCGGAGACCCGUCUUCAAAGUCGACAGAAAUCAAAUGGAAAUCAGGAAAGGACCUGACCAAGCGCUCCAGCCAGACACAGAACAAAGCAGGAAGGAAGAGGCAACAUGAAGAGCCAGAGAGCUUCUUCACUUGGUUCACUGAUCACGCUGACGCCGGCGCUGACGAGCUCGGAGAGGUCAUCAAGGAUGACAUCUGGCCAAACCCCCUGCAGUACUACCUGGUUCCUGACAUGGAUGACGAGGAGGGUGAAGGUGAGGACGAUGAAGAGGACGAGGAGGGUCUGGAGGACAUAGACGAGGAGGGAGAUGAAGACGGCGAGGAUGAUGAUGAUGACGAUGGAGAAGAUGGAGAGGACGACGAGGGAGAAGACGACUAAAAUAAUAUCAUCUACUCAGACCCUAAACCUUCUAUUCCCUGUUUGGUUUUUCCACUCAUGUUUGGGAGCAAAGGUUUUAAAUUUUUUUUUUUUUACUUUAUUUUUUUUAUAAAUCUGUGUGUGCUUCAUUUUCCAUUCUGAAGCCUCUUCACCUUGUUGGUGCCAUGUUUAUGUUCUUCUAUAGACUCAUCCAAGGCCAUUGGCACUUUGCCCUGAAUUGUGAGUACCAUCCCCCAAAAUCAUCUCAAUAGUAAUAAUAAUGAAAAAAAAAAUGUAUAAAAAAUAGAAUCAGCACUGCAUCCUGAGUAGAAUUUGAAGUCAAUUCACACAGAAUUCCUCCUGUUAAAGGUCGUGGUAAAAUGACUUGAAGCCAUGGUGUAGUGACCCAGCGCUAGUUGACCUCAAUUCCUUUUCCCCCAUUUAAUUUUUUUUUUCAGUUGGGGUGUUGAUCCCUUGAAAGAAACUGUAUUUUUAUUUUAUUUUUCCCCCUAUGUGGUUAACGAGUACCAGCUCAUUCCUUUUGACUUGUAAUGUUUAGGGGGAGGGGGUGGGGUAAGCUGGGGAGGGGCAGGAGUAUGUUGGUUAUUGGGGAGAGUGGUUAUUUUGACACCAUUUCUAUGGGACUUUUUUUUUUUUUUUUCAUUGUAUUGUUUUACAGAUAUCCAUGAGAUUUGAAAUGACAUUUUUAAUAAAGAACAAAAUGGAAAAAAAACAAGCUUGUAAAUUUUGGCCCCCACUGCUUCAUGGGUAAAAAAUAAAAUAAGAUCUGUUGUCUCAUAGAAGUUGCAUUUAAUCACCUUUUCAUCUUCCGCUGGGAGGGGUGGGGUGGGAAAGAAACU